CAGGGUUUUGCACUGGCCUGGGGGAGAGAAGCUGUGAUGUCAUCAGUCUGCGACCUUCGUACUCAUCCAUGUGAAUGCAAUGUACCUAUCUUGGCUCGUUCUAUGCUGUGGAAUACUUGGACGUCCUUCGUUUGACGUUAACGGAGCGAACUAACAAGCUACAUUGGUUAGCCCCAGCACACUCUCUACCAUGUCAGCUUGCAAACGAUUGUUGUCAGUUUUGCGACACAGAGGAGCGUCCUCAGUGAUCAGAAAAGUCACUACCUGGUCACCUGUUGGAGCUGCCUUCAAUGCCAAGCAACAGAAAAGACUCGAGCUCUUUGAGAAGAACGUGGGUCUGUUUGGUGUACCAGAACUGAGUUCCCCUGAUGGCUUUGCGGUGGUCCAGGAUCGGGCUCUACGGGAGACAGAGCAGCUGGUUGAGAAAGUCUGCCGCAGUUCCCCCGGAGCUGUCACCGUGAAAACCUUCGACCAACUCUCCGACACACUGUGCAAAGUGGCAGAUCUGGCUGACUUUGUGAAAGUAGCCCACCCUGAUCCAGCCUAUCGGGAUGCUGCUGAAAAGACCUGUAUACAGAUUGGGACUAUGGUUGAGAAGCUUAACACCAAUGUCGACCUCUGUAGGAGCUUAAAGAAUCUGUUGGACAGCAAAGACGUUAUGAACAGCUUGGACCCAGAAACAAGGAGAGUGGCCGAGCUGUUCAUGUUUGACUUUGAGAUCAGCGGGAUUCACCUCAAUGAAAAAAAGCGCAAAGAAGCGGUCAACCUCAACGUGAGGCUUCUGGACCUGAACAACGAGUUUCUGUAUGGCUCUCACACGCCCAAUAAGAUUGAGAGGCAGGCGCUGCCGGACCACAUUCAGCACCACUUCUCCAAAGACAGCCGGUACAUCCACGUCGGAGGGUUUCACGCAGAUGCCAGUGAAGACCUGGUUCGAGAGGUGGCCUACAAGAUCUUCCUCUACCCGAACGCCAACCUCAUGAACACGCUGGAGCAACUGUUGGUGUGCAGAAACCAGCUGGCCAAACUGGUGGGCUACGACUCCUACGGACACAGGGCCCUGAAGGGGACCAUGGCCAAAAGCCCAGAAGCUGUCAUGAACUUCCUGCAGCUUCUCACAGACAAGCUCUCAGACAAGACGGCACAGGACUUUACAAUGAUGAAGGACAUGAAGACAAAGCUCAACCCCAAAAAUGCGGACCUGAUGCCGUGGGACCAUCCCUACUUCAGCGCGGUGCUGAGGGCUGAGAGGUUCAACAUUGAGCCCAGUCUGUACAGCCCCUACUUCUCUCUGGGCGCGUGCAUGGAGGGCCUGAACAGCCUGUUCACCGAGCUCUACGGCGUGUCACUGAUGGCCGAACACCCCAGCGCCGGCGAAGUGUGGAACGAUGACGUCCGCAAGCUGGCUGUAGUUCACGAGACAGAAGGACUGCUGGGAUACAUCUACUGUGACUUCUUUCAAAGGCCAGACAAACCUCACCAGGACUGCCACUUCACCAUCCGUGGAGGGCGUCAGCUGGAGAGUGGCCAGUACCAGCUGCCUGUGGUGGUGCUGAUGCUGAGCCUGCCCCAGCCCAGUAAGAGCGCCCCCACACUGCUCACCCCCGGGAUGCUGGAGAACCUCUUCCACGAGAUGGGCCACGCCAUGCACUCCAUGCUGGGACGCACACGCUACCAACACGUCACCGGCACAAGGUGCGCCACUGAUUUUGCGGAGGUGCCUUCUAUCCUGAUGGAGUACUUUGCUACUGACUACCGUGUGGUGAACCAGUUCGCCCGUCACUAUAAGACAGGACAGCCCCUGCCGAAGACCAUGGUGACUCGUCUGUGUGAGUCUAAGAAGGUCUGCGGCUCUGCAGAUACUCAGCUCCAGGUGUUCUAUGCGGCCCUGGAUCAGGUUUAUCACGGCACACCGCAGAACCGUUCCACCACGGACAUCCUGAAGGAGCUGCAGCAGAAGUUCUACGGCCUUCCUUACAUUCCUAACACAGCCUGGCAGUUGAGAUUCAGUCACCUGAUUGGCUACGGGGCCAAGUACUACUCCUACCUGAUGUCCCGGGCAGUGGCCUCCAUGGUGUGGAAGCAGUGCUUCCUCAAAGACCCUCUGAACAGGGACAUGGGUGAGCGCUACAGGAGGGAGAUGCUGGCGCACGGCGGGGCCAAGGAGCCCAUGCUCAUGGUGGAAGGCAUGCUUCAGAGGAGUCCCUCCAUAGAGGACUUUGUGGACGCGCUUGUGUCGGACCUCAACCCCGACUUCGAGACCUUCAUCAUGGACUCAGAGGGCUGAUGAGAAGAGACAAGACUGUGUGUGUGUGUGUGUGUGUGUGUGUGUGUGUGUGUGUGUGUGUGUGUGUGUGUGUGUGUGUGUGUGUGUGUGUGAUUUCCCCAUGAUUACCACCAUGAUCUCCCAGCUCAACUUCAAAACUGCCUCUCAUAGAAACCACAUGGGUUGCGUGGACAUGGUGCUCAACUCCAGACUCCCGCAGUGUAACAUUCAGGCAGGAAGAUGUGUAUCAGUUAGUCAACACCAACGCACCCUCUUCAUUGGCUGGAGCUGCUGUCUGGCUGUCAUGUGACCUGACUCGUGUGACUUCACUGUGACGAGGAGAGUAAUAAAUCAAGCACUUCAACAGCAGAAGAAUACACACCGCUUUAAAGAUACCUAACUAAAUUGCCAGAUUGAAACUCACUGCGCCGUACAUACUUCAUACUGGCCACAGUGGGUUUCUGUGAGUAUCAGUUUAAUGGACUUCCUGUGAAAACAUUUGGUAAAUUAAUUUUCUAUGUAUAUCUAUGUAUUUUACCAGGGAAGUUAAUGUUUUCUGUUUCAUAUCGACCAAUAAUAAAAGAGAAUAUAUGUUGAUGAAAA